AUGGUGGGAAGCAUCAUGGGAUUAGUUAGUGAUGAAUACUCAAAUGACUCUGUUCAGGGCUGCAAUGGUUUAGAGGAGAAGCUUGAUGAUCUUCGCAGCCUUGUUGGGAAAGCUGAUGGUGAUCCUUUGAGAAUUGUGAGUGUUGGUGCUGGUGCUUGGGGCAGUGUUUUUGCUGCUUUGUUGCAAGAUACUUUUGGCCAAUUCCGCGAUAAGGUGCAAAUCAGGAUAUGGCGAAGGCCAGGGAAAACAGUUGAUAGAGCAACAGCAAAGCACCUCUUUGAAGUUAUCAACUCCAGGGAGGAUGUGUUGAGGAGGUUGAUCAGACGUUGUGCUUAUCUGAAAUAUGUUGAGGCCAGGCUUGGUGAUAGGACUCUUCUGGCUGAUGAGAUUCUGAAAGAUGGAUUUUGUUUGAAUAUGAUAGACACACCACUUUGUCCCUUGAAGGUGGUCACGAACUUGCAAGAAGCUGUGUGGGAUGCUGAUAUAGUGGUUAAUGGCUUGCCUUCAACCGAAACAAGGGAGAUUUUUGAAGAGAUAAGUAAAUACUGGAAGGAGAGAAUCACAGUGCCUGUGAUAAUCUCUUUGGCAAAGGGUAUAGAGGCUGCAUUGGAGCCUGUUCCCCAUAUUAUAACUCCCACAAAAAUGAUUAACCAAGCAACCGGAGUGCCUAUGGAGAACAUUCUUUAUCUUGGUGGUCCAAAUAUUGCCUCAGAAAUCUACAACAAGGAGUAUGCCAAUGCUCGAAUAUGCGGAGCUGAUAAAUGGAGGAAACCUCUGGCUAAGUUUCUACGACAACCACAUUUUAUUGUCUGGGACAACAGUGACCUUGUCACCCAUGAAGUCAUGGGCGGCUUGAAAAAUGUCUAUGCAAUUGGUGCAGGAAUGGUAGCAGCCCUUACCAAUGAGAGUGCGACCAGCAAAUCAGUAUAUUUUGCACACUGCACAUCAGAGAUGAUAUUUAUCACUUACUUGUUGGCUGAAGGACCUGAGAAACUUGCAGGGCCAUUAUUGGCUGACACUUAUGUGACUUUACUAAAAGGUCGUAAUGCAUGGUAUGGCCAGAUGCUAGCUAAGGGUGAAUUAAGCCCAGACAUGGGUGACAGCAUCAGUGGCAAAGGAAUGAUUCAGGGUGUAUCUGCAGUGAAGGCCUUUUUCGAACUUUUGAGUCAUUCCAGCCUGAAUGUGUUGCACCCAGAAGAAAACAAGCCGGUUGCUCCUGUUGAACUUUGCCCCAUCCUUAAGACACUAUAUAAAAUAUUGAUAUCCAGAGAACGCACAUCAUCAGAAGCUAUUCUCCAAGCUCUCAGGGAUGAAAAUCAGAAUGACCCCCGUGACCGCAUUGAGAUUGCACAAACCCAUGCUUUCUACAUGCCUUCACUUCUUGGACAACCCUAA